AUGGCACCAGAUCUAUCCCAAAACCGCGCCGUCAAGCUCGUCGCCCAUGCCGCUGCAAACAAAUACGCCGUCUGCGCAACAUGCUGCUACAACGUUGAAGGCAUCCUCGCCUCGGUCCGCGCAGCAGAAGCCAAACGCGCCCCUUUGAUCAUCCAACUCUUCCCCUGGGCCAUCACCUACGCAGACGGCAUCCUCCUCCACGCCGCGCGCGAAGCUGCCGACAACGCCAGCGUGCCCGUCGCCCUGCACAUGGACCACGCGCAGACGCCUGAAAUCGUGAAAAAAGCAGCGAAUUUCGAGCGAGGAUUCGACGGCAUCAUGGUCGACAUGAGCCAUUAUGACGACAACCUGGAGAAGACGGCAGAGCUGGUUAAGUACUGUAACGAGCGGGGUAUCAUCACCGAGGCGGAACCGGGGAGGAUCGAUGGAGGAGAGGAUGGCGUGGGCGAUUUGAGUGAAAUGGGUCUUGAAGCUAUUCUCACCACGCCGGAGCAAGCUGAAGAAUUCGUCGCAACGGGAAUCAACUGGCUAGCUCCCGCCUUUGGAAACGUACACGGGAAAUACGGUCCCAAGGGUCCUCAAUUGGAUUACCCCCGUCUGCGCAACGUACAUGCCAAGGUUGGCGAUCGCGUGGCUCUUGUGCUGCAUGGUGCGGGCAAAGAGUGGUUCCAGGAGAAGUUGCUCAAGGAGUGUAUUGAGUGCGGUGUUGCCAAGGUUAAUAUUAAUGACGCGUUUAAUAAUGAUUUCAUCGACGUUAUGAAGGAGCAGGCGGGGCUCACGCCGCUUACGGGCUUGAUAGAGAAGGCGACGGAUGCGAUGCAGAAGAGUAUCGAGAGCUAUAUUGAGUGGAUGGGGGGUGCGGGUAUGGCGGACAAGAUCCAAUUCUAG